GGAGUCUGGCACUGAGUUCUGGGAGCUAAUCUGAUCAAUGUUUACAUCUGAAAGGCUUUGGUGUUUUCAGGGGUGGUUUGGCACACUGUGCUGCAGCAGACCCAAUUGGUUUAAACUUGAUGGGUUAUUGUAGAUUUCACCUGACCUGAUAUAUAUAUACUUUUGGAGUCUGACUGAGAAUAAUGGAAGCACUCAGAGAAGCCAUUUACUCUUUGACUCUUCAGAUGUCGACCUACAGGCGGGCCACCUUUGACGAGGAUGACCUGAUCAGCUCCAUGGUUGAAGAUGAAAUUUAUCCAGUGAGCAGACAGGUGGGCUUGAGGAGAUCAAGGGGUUUGAGGGGCUGUUGGGCCAACAGAACUCACCUGGAAAAGCGUCUACUGGUUCUGAUCAUCCUGGUUGCAAUGGCGCUGCUCUGCAGCGUCAUUGCCCUGCUCAUCAAAUACAGAAAUACCCCAAAAGUUUGCCUGACUGAGUCCUGCAUCAAGGUUGCCAGCAGUAUCCUCCAAGCCUUGGAUCGCUCUGUCGACCCCUGCCACAAUUUCUACAACUUCGCCUGUGGAGGCUGGAUGAAGACAAACCCACUGACAGAUGGAAAGGCCAGAAUAGAAACAUUCAACACCAUAUGGAACCAGAACCAGGCCAUCAUGAAGCAUAUUUUGGAAAGCAAAAAGUUGAACACCACAAGUGAAGCUGAACGCAAAGCCCAGCAUUUCUAUCAGGCCUGCAUGAAUGAGCAGAAGAUUGAGGAUCUGCAGGAAAAGCCUCUAGUUGACAUCAUUAACAAAUUGGGAGGCUGGAACAUCAGCAGAGACUGGAACAAGGACAACUUUCAAGAAGUGCUCCAGGCCGUCACAUCCCACUACCAAACCAGCCCAUUCUUCGUCGUCUACAUCGGCACCGAUGCUAAAAGCUCCAACAGUAAUAUCAUUCAGAUCGACCAGUCCGGACUGAAUUUACCUUCAAGGGAUUACUAUCUCAACAAAACUGCCAAUGAGAAGGUCAUAACAGCUUACUUCAAUUACAUGGUGAAACUAGGGGUGCUGCUGGGUGGCGAGGAGACUUCUACCCAGGCCCAAAUGCAGCAGGUUCUCGACUUGGAGACAGAGCUGGCCAACAUAACAGUUUCACAGGAGGACCGCGCAGAUGAAGAGCAAAUCUACAACAAAAUGACGAUACGCAGCCUCCAGGCGCUGGCUCCAGCUGUUGACUGGCUACCCCUGCUCUCUGCUAUCGUAUAUCCAAUGGAGCUGAAUGACUCCGAGCCUGUGGUCGUCUAUGCAAAGGAAUAUCUGAAGAAGGUCUCAGACCUGAUUAAUUCUACAGAUAAAAGUAUCCUCAACAACUAUAUGAUGUGGAGUGUGGUAACCAAAACUGCCAGCUGUCUGGAUCAUCGCUUCCAGGAUGCCGAGGAAGAAUUCCUCAUGGUCAUGACAGGAACUAAAACAACAUGUAACACUCGAUGGAAGAAGUGCAUUAGUGACACUGAUGAAAUGCUUGGGUUUUCCCUUGGAGCUUUGUUCAUUAAAGAGACAUUUGCUAAAGACAGCAAACAGAUUGCUGAAGAGAUGAUUUCCGAAAUUAAAGCAGCUUUCGAAGAGAACAUGAAGAAGGUCACGUGGAUGGACGAAGAGACCAAAGCAGCAGCAAAAGAGAAGGCAGAUUCAAUCUACAACAUGAUUGGCUUCCCGAAGUUUAUCCUGGAUGCAAAAGAACUGGAUGAGGUCUUCAGUGAUUAUAAAGUGGUUCCUGACUUCUAUUUCCAAAACGUGCUGCAGUUCUACAACUUCUCCACGCGAGUCAUGGCCGAUCAGCUGCGGAAACCUCCCAACAAGGGCCAGUGGAGUAUGACCCCUCCCACCGUCAAUGCCUACUACUCCCCAACAAAGAACGUGAUUGUGUUCCCGGCAGGCAUUCUCCAGGCUCCAUACUUUUCUCAGGAUUUCCCCAAGUCUUUAAAUUUUGGUGGAAUCGGAGUGAUUAUGGGACAUGAACUAACUCAUGCAUUUGACGAUCAAGGGAGAGAGUACGACAAAAACGGCAACAUGAGGCCCUGGUGGAAGAACUCCUCAGUCGCGGCCUUCAAACAUCAGACCGAGUGCAUAGCUGAGCAGUACAAUAAGUAUGUAAUCAACGGUGAGCACGUGAAUGGCAAGCAAACGCUAGAUGAAAAUAUCGCUGAUAAUGGUGGUUUGAAAGCAGCUUACCAUGCCUAUGAGAACUGGGUAAAAAAGAAUGGCGAAGAGAUGAUUCUGCCUGCCUUGGACUUCACUAAUCGACAGCUCUUCUUCCUGGGAUUUGCCCAGCUUUGGUGCUCCUUGCGGACCCCGGAAAGCAUCCACAUAGGGCUCAUCACGGACAGCCACAGUCCUUCGAUGUACAGGGUCAUCGGAGCAGUGACUAACUCUGUCGAUUUUGCCAAACAUUUCAACUGUCCUGAAGGAAGUCAAAUGAACCCAGUGCAAAAAUGCGACGUGUGGUGAAUUAAAUAAGACGGUGAGAAAUGGAAGCCUUGAGUCCUGGAGCAGUGGGAUUGGUCUGAGCGUCAGGUCCCACCUCAGCUAAACGGGUCAAUUCUGCAUCUCGUAACAAAGAGAAAUUUAUUUGACUAUAUUUUUGUUGAAAUGCCUGUGGAUCACAGUGUGAAUAUUUUUACUCAGCUUCCCACACUGUGGAUAACGCUGGAACCUGUGAGAAGAGUACACAACCAAACAGAAGAUGACAUUUGAUGGCAUUGCUGCAAGACAGGGCACUACUCACCUCAACACUAAUUGCCCUUUCGCUUCAGAGCAUUUACACCUUGGUUGUUAUUUUUACUAAGUAGGGUGAAUAUUUAAGAUGCUAAAGAAUGGUCUUGGUGGUGUCGUAGAAGGGGAGCAGAUUUUGUGGAUGUUCUGUCACUGUAUCGGGGUCUCCGUGCACAUGGAUCUACCACCCAAGUUGGAAAUAUCUGAGGAAAUUUAUGGCAAAGAUUUAUAAUUGGAUGGAGUUUGUAUGCAUUGCCCUGGUCUAAGUACACUGAAAUGUUAUUGAUCAGAGAGAUCAUGAAUAGUUUAUGGCCACAUGGCUGUGUUUGCCUCCUUUCCUUCUUUCGCUAUCAAGUGAUAACGUCCAUGUUUGUUUUCUGUGCAGCAAUAGGGGGCAGAGGGUGGUAACUGAUGUCAGGAAACUCAUUAGCCUCUUAACUAACUUUGACAAUUUAACAAAACAUCUGGCCAAUCCUCCCCUUCCCACCUCACGUCCCAAAGAACCCAAGGACUGACAGAGUCCAAAACUACUUCCCAUGGGGCGGGAGAUUUUGGAGGAGUGACUAAAAUGUUGAGAGCAAUUGUGCCUUGGCCUUAUUGAAGUCCCUGCUUUCAGAUUUAUUCAGUCAAAGGCAGAUUCUUAGCAAAACUGCUGUUUGCUUGUAUGUGUCCCUAACCAACUCUGAAACUCGUUUGCUAUGGCUAGUUUUCUAGAUCCUGAAUCUACAUAUCUUCAAAAUUUUAGGCAUCUAUUCUGCAAAACUAUUAGAUUGUGAUGUAUGCACUUUUAAUCACAUUUUAAAAUUAUGUUAAUAAGAUACUCCAUUGGAAAGCACAGUGAGACUGAUUUGCCUUUAUAAUCUCCAGUACUGUCCUUUAAAAUUCUUAUUCUCGUGAUCAAGUCCAUUCAAGAGAUGAACCUAGAUCUCACUAUCUCUAUUAUCUCAUUCAGCCCUACAACCCUUAUGAUUGCUAUAGUUCUGACCUCAUUUACAUCCGCAGUUUUCCUCCAGUUCAUCAUUGAGAAGUGUGUGGCUUGACAUCAUCAGCAAAGAGGUCCGUUGUCACUGUCUGUCCCUCAGGAGCCCCGCAGAAGGUCAGAGCCAAUCAUGGAAGGGUCGCCCUCUGCGUCAAACCCUGCCUCAUGUUACUAGUUACAUUUGGCAUUUGCACUCUGUCAUCUUAGUAAGUCCCUCAGGGUGAAGAAUGACUUGUUUCCACUCCAGUUCUGCAGGCAUCUGCAGACCUAGCCACAGGUGGGGUAGUUUACAGAUACAAUCUUCCUGAACUGAGCUGGAGCUAAUGGUAAUGGAGUGAAUUGCUGGAUGGUUGGAGAUAUCGAGAGCUUAGGAGGUAGUGCUCUUCUUCGAUCGCUUACACAGGACCUGUGUGUGCUCCCAAGAGUGACUCAGGAUUUUGCCCUUAAUCAAGAAAGUUUUAAACACAUCCUUGAAUCUUUUCCUUUGUCCAUCUGGAAAUCUCAUUCCACAAAAGAGCACAGAGUGGUGACAAAGUCAGCACAUGUGGUGCAGGGAAGAGAGCCACGGCCUCGCAUCAGCAGAGCCCCAGGUUCAAUCCCGACCUUGGUAGCUGUCUGUAUUUCCCAGAGACUUAACUCUCCUAGCUUGGUCACUACAAAUUACCCUUGUUGUGCAGAUGAGUGGUUAGAGUCUGAGUAGAGGGUUGAUGAGUACUUGGGCAGAAUAAAAAUUGGAUUAAUGUAAAUGUGUGGUUGAUAGAGCAAACUUGAUGGGCCAAAUGGUCUGUUUCCUUGCUAUAUCUUUCUACGACUGACUUUUUCACAGUCUGGAGUCUAUGGGCCUUAGUGUUAAGGGUGUUGGCCUGGGGUGACAUUAGUUUGCCUAUUCUGCCAAUAGAUUUGAAGGAUUUUAGUUUAAGAACACAUUAACUAAUCAGUGUGUGGAGCAAUUUUUAAAAGAUGUGUUUAGUGGUAUGGUACAUUCAUUACAAAUAAUGCAUUAAUAUGCACAUUAACAGUGAUUAAUGUUCCUCAUUUUCAUUUGUAUCAGCUGCAAAAAGCAUACCAUAGAUUGCCAGCUAUCUGACAGUAACUUCAGCAAAUUUUAGUCAAGUUGGCUGAGAUUCCUGCCCAUCCCUCCCUCGCUUUCUGAUGCCACUUUCAGGCAACUCCCACUCUUCCAAAGCUUGUAUUAAUUAUUUAAAAUUCCUGUGAGUCUCUCAUCAUAAGCGAGAGUGAAUUAUAACUGAUAGUGUUUUACCAAGGAAUAUUUUGCAGAGGUUUACAUAGCACUAUUUGUUUUCACCACUAAGUGCUGAAGGGUUCCUCCCUUCAGUACCUACAUGGGCAGUCUUUGUACAUUGAAAUUUCACAAUGAGCUGAAUGACUUUGCUGAUGUUGGGUAACUGCAGGAAACAGGUUACGUCAAGGCAAACCUAUGCAAUAUUGUCAGGGUAAAAUGUGAGUUUUCAAAUGAGUUGUAAUAGAUGUCCAGUGUGUGUCAUUGGUACAGUACAUGGACUGGAUGUAUCCUGUUUGUAUCUGGCUGAUUGGCCAAUGACAAUGAUCCUUCCUGUUGUAUUGGAUUCCUUUGCCUCCAAACUAACUCCAUCAGCUGCUGGAUGGAAGCAAAUCCCUUUGCACUACCGCGGGUGUGGGGGUUCACUCAGCGUAUUAUCUAGUCAGCUAGAUCCCAUCUGCACUGGCUUAACAUCACAAACAGCGCAACCACAGCAGAUAAACUGAUGUUUCAUUUAGUUUUUUCUGUACUGAGAGACUCGUAGGAAAUGUUAGAGGUUCCUGCACAAUAAUGAACUGAAGUUGAUAUCAUGCUGUCAUCAGUGUAACCUGGUAAUGCAGCAAUCAGAGUCUAAAAAAUAGAUUUCCCCUUUUGGAAGUCUUAUCUACCACUGAUGGUAGUACACCAUCAGGAAAUCUCACAAUUCCACCUACAAGACUUGAACUCUGAAGAACAACCACCCUUACAAUUCAAAUUCUCCUCUCUUGUCAGGAACAUUGUACAGAGAGAACAAUUUCCAGUACAGAAUACCCAAGUAAAUUCUGAUGGCUGAACAUUGUCACUUAGGGUUGCGCAUUUACUACUGAUCUUUGUAGCUACUUCAAGAAAAAAAUAAGUUACUUUUGUACAAAAAAAAAUCAAAAUGAGGUUUUGUGCUCUUUAGUGGAUUCACAAAGUAUAGUAUUAAUCCGAACACCGAUCUGACCCCAGUUAACUGGGAUAAUAAGCACUGUUACCACCGGGUUUUUUUCAUACUGUGGUUGCAGAAUUGUGGUUCAAAAAUUAUGUGUAAAUGUUAUGCAUUGACGUCCAUAACAAUCCUUUAGUAAUGCUUUUCAUCUGAAGCAAGUAGUUAUUUGCAGCUGCUACCCACCUCUGGCAACAGAAUUGCAGCACCUAAUCUAUGUUCUGAUUGCAUCAGGGUAGUUUCUCCCAUUCACUGCCCCGUGGUUGUGCUGAUGGGCUGAAUUCUCUCUUGCCUAUUGCAAUCCAGUGGCUGAGGAGAGGCCAGGACUCCUGAUCACUGUUCAGUGCUUUGGGUGGGGGGGGGGUGGUCAACGGGACCAUGACUCUGUUCAUUGUCUUGUGGCUGGGUGCAGGAUUAGUGCUCUCCUUAUUGGACUCUGUUCCUGUUCCUGACCAGUGCUCAGUGGUUGGGCCUGAGGGUACUGUUCUCAAUCCUGUCCAAUCGUUGGGUCAAUGACUGCUUAGAAACAAUUGGAUGACAGUAUGUUUGACUUGCCGUUACUGUGCCGUUGAUUGUUUGAUUUACAACUGAGACGUGCAGGACAGCUGGAGGUUUCGAGCUUAGAUUGAUAGGGGCAACGGCAACAGAGUAACAGUUUAUUUAGCUUACCUUCCCCUCUCUCUGAUUCACAAUCAGUCAUUUUAUUACCUGUUAUUUAACUACUGUAUAUUGCAUCGUCUCCAACAUCUUGAAGGGAAAGUCAACUGCAUUACAAGAAAACAAUUCCACACUACUAACUGUGGGUGCUUUCAUGUUGUUAACAGUGAACUUUCGCAGUAGCUAGCUGAUGCAAGUGUUCAUCUCCAAUUUAAUGACCUCACGCUGGAUCUAUACCCUACCUGCAUUAACUUUCUUUUCCUUCCUAUCACCUGACGUUGUCAGCACAGGUAGGUAACGGGGGCUUGUGGAGCUGCUAACUCACAGCACAGCGAGCAAGGUUCGGUCAUGAUCUUCCUCUACGUUGUAAAGGAAUCUACAGAUUAACAUUUAAGAAAUGGUCAAGAAUGUGUCCAACCAUUCAACCUUGUGCAAGUAAAAAUGGUCAAAUUAAAUUUUAAAAAUAAUGACUAAUAGGGGAAAAUAACCAGAAAUAUUUUAAAAAUUCAUCGAUCACGGGAUUAAAAUUGUUGGUAUUCCUGAAGUAACCUAAUAAUUUUAAAAAGCAUGAGCAAAUUCCUUCUAGUUAACAAUCAUGAGUGAUCAGUGAAUUGCUUCUCAGCUACAAACAUAUGGGUUUAAUGGCAGCAAUGGAACUUAAAAGGAACUAUGACAACCAUUUAAAGCCCCCCACCCCAACUCCCUUUAGUCAAGGGUGAAAUUUCAGCUGCUUAGUAUUUCUGCUUGUCCCACCACUUAACUGUGAGUCAGAUAUGGGGCUGAAUAUCUUCAUUACCCAAAGCGGAGAGAAGCUUCACAUAAUCUUAUUUACUAGAUAUGUUGAUUAUGUAGUUUUCUCUUGUCAAUCUGAAAAUGUGCCUCUUGUUUGAAAUAAAUCAUUGAUUCUGAUUUUAAUUUUUAUGUAAUACUGGCCUGUAAAGAGAAAAUAUUUACAUAAAUAUUUGAUGUACUGUAUGUGAACAUAUUUUCUUGCAAUGUUGACAGAUUUUAUUUUGAAUGAGUGCUGUUGUGUACAGAGUCUUUUUAAUGAGAUGUCCUGUGGGUGAAUUGCAAUUCUGGUCGCCUAUAUAUAAGUUUUUUUGUUGUACAGACAGAAAUGUUUUAAUUAUAGUUCAAACAUUAAUCAAUGUAUUUGGUUUGGUGGUUUCAUGGGUCAUGAGAGAUAUUUUUUCAACAGUUGUACAAGGAGCAUUCUUUUAUUGUACAUUAUUUUUUUCUCUUGUCGCUGUGAUUUCCAUCUGUUUCAUCAAGAAGCAUCCUUACAGGAGCUGGCUGUCUUUGAGGGAAUCCAGUCAGGAUCCAGUUCCUGGCUACCUCGAGGUGAUAAUGAUUGUAUCACUUCAAACGGCUGGAGAAACUACCUUCUUAGCAAGGUCUGGCUAAGAAAUCCCUGGCUCUCUUGACCUAAAUCUGAGAGGUACUGCAUGGGCCAGAGUAGUCACUAGAUUUAGACAACAAGGGUAUUAUAGUUGUUGACCUUGACCCUGAUUCCAGCAGCUAUUUGGAGGGAUAUAGUCUGAUCUUAACAGCAGAUGGAACAGGUUAUUAUCAAUACCAACCCUUAAAUUCCACUUUAAAAACCACCUCUCAUAACUGGUCCCUGCUCUCAUGAAUUCCCGCCAUGCUUUUUCACACUGUUUUGAGAGGAUUCCUGUAGAGAUUGCUCCUGUGUCGCCUUUCCCAUCUUGUCCUUGUUUUCCAUCCAGACAGGCCCCAACAUUUCAUUGUUUAUCUGGAUAGGUACCCCUGCUCCCCCUUCCACCUCCCUUCCAUAGAUGCAGUUCAAACACCAUUUAUUUUUACCUAGUUAUGUUGUAACACCUAACUUCUCUUCAAACUGUUCGGGAUCAUUAUAAAUCUUUGUACCAUGUUAGACCAUUGGUUAACAUGGAGGAAAAUGACUCAUUUCUUCCAUCCUCUUCAAUUCCUGCUUUCGCAGUGGCAGCCUGAAUGUAUUUGAACUGUUCAUUCAAAAUGACCCAAUGGACACUGAGCCAGAUCAGAACAAGUAGGAAAAAAAUUCUUGGUCCUUAUGAGUAUUGCAAAGGACAAAAAAAAGCUGUUGAGAAAGCUUUAGAGAGGGAAUUCCAGAGCCAAGUCUUUGCAGCUAAAGAUACAAUGACCAAUGGUGGAACAUUUGGAGAUGGUGAUGAAAUCAGAAACGAAGAAAAGCUAUCACAUAACUGGGAGCAAAUGGAAGCCUGUAAGCACAGGCCUAAUGGGAUUUGGUGCAAACCAGAACCAGGUGCAGCGGGAUUUGUGAACAGCUCGACAUUUCGGAAUGUAUUCUUUUUCAUCUUCCUCCAACAUAAAAGGAAAACCAUUAUAAACUUCCAAAGACGUAUUUGAAAUGCAAUUAUUUUUAGAAGCAAUUAGAUAGAGGUCUGGAAGCUGCACAGCUCUGGGAACAAAUAUUAAUUCCAAGAGGCUCUGGAAGAGACUAAGGGCUUAAGUAAAAUCUUUCAGUAGAAAUAUUAUUACUCAGAAAAAGCUUUGAAUAACUAUGUUUGCACUUUGGUUAUACUGGGAAGAAGAAAUAUCUGUUCUGCACCUGAUUUGUGGUCCUCAUUUGAAGUAUUUGCUCAAGAUGAGAAUGCAGAUUAUUUUUGUGAUUAUUGUAAUGUACUCAGUGCUAUCAGUGAAUACGUACUCAGCAUCUUUAAGCCCUUCGUGAAUAACCUGGCAAACACUGUGGAGCACAGAGUAUCCCAAGCAUGGGAAAUUCCAAUGGGAAAGGUUGUUCACAUUGCAUUUUAGUUAAUAGAACCCGAAAGGAGUUGCUACUGUUUAAAGUGAAAAUAAAUCUCUGCAGUUAUGAAGAAAAACCUGGACAAUGUUCCUGCAUGGCCUGAUAAGAGGCAAGUAAUGUUCACCUCAUAGAAGUUCAAGGUGAUUGCAAUACUCUAUGAGAAAGAGUCUAACCAUCUUGCCUUGAUGUUCAGCAUUACCUGACAAACCUUCUUCAUAACCAGGUGGUCUAAAUUGAUCGG